AAUUAUUUUUUGCAAAAUCCCCUCACUCGACCCUCUGGUUGUUCUUUUGCCCCUACUCUAAAACCCUAAACCCUUACAGACCCAUCUCGAUUCUCUUCUCUGCAACUAAUGAGUCUCUGCCCAGUGGUCUCUAGGGUUUUGCUUUGAGGUGCUUUGGCCUCUCUAUAUGCCAGAUCCAGGUACUUUCAAAGUCAUUCUUUUCUUGAACCAAUCUCUAUUUAAAUGGCUAAGCUUCAUUUCCAGAGUUUGCUUUGUUUGAUGCAAAAACGUUUCCUCACAACAUCGUCAACACUGUAUACAUCUUCGUUGUCUUCUUCAUCUUCAACAUUAUUAUCACCAUCGUACACAGCCCAAUUUCUUGUGAAAUCUUGUGGGCUUCCCUUGGACUCUGCCAUUUCCAUCUCUCAGAAGCUCAACCUCGAUGAAAACAAACGGCAAAAGCAUGAGUCUGUGCUCGAAUUCCUCAAAUCUCAUGGAUUCUCCGAUACCCAUGUUGCAAAACUUGUCUCAAAGUGUCCCCCGAUCCUCCAAGCCAGAGUAGAUAUGCUCAAGCUCAAAAUAGACUACCUCCAUGACAGUGGCUUUGUGGGUCCGGUCCUUCAUGAGCUAAUUGUGUCUAAUCCGGCCAUUUUGAGGCGAAGCUUGGAUAAACAGAUAAAACCGUCAUUUGAUUUUCUCAAGGAAUUCCUUGAAACCAAUGAGAAAAUUGCAGCAGCUAUUAAGCGCGAAUCAUGGUUGUUAACCUUCGAUCUGAAGAAAAUUUUGAAGCCAAACACUUUUCUUUUGAUAAAUGAAGGGGUCCCUCAUAGUAGAAUGUCAAAAUUGAUUACAUUACAGCCGAGAGUCAUAAUGCAGCAUGUUGAUAGGAUGGUGUAUGCCACAGAAAGGGCCAGAAGUUUGGGUAUCAAACCAACCGAUCCUAUAUAUGUAACUGCUAUUACAGUGAUUCUCUCAAUGACCGAAUCAACCUGGAAAAGGAAAGUGGAACUGUAUGAGAAAUUUGGUUUUACUGAGGUUGAGAUUCUCAAAGCUAUCAAGCGUCAACCACAUUUUAUGGCUUGUUCAGAGGAGAAAAUCAAGAGUUUAAUGAAUUUUUAUACAAACACAAUGAAGUUGAAGCCAUCUGCAAUAGCUACUUAUCCUAGGCUUCUUUUGUAUUCAUUUGAUGCAAGGAUACGACCGAGGUUUAAUGUUUUGAACAUCUUGGCUUCAAAGAAGCUGCUUAAGAAACACAAAAAGAUUGCAUGGUUGCUCACACAAAGCGAGGCUAGUUUCUUGAACAAUUAUGUGAUCAAGUACGUGGACCAAGUUCCAGAUUUAAUGGAGCUAUAUCGUGGGGUCAAGAAGAUUGAUCUCUGAUGACAUUGAACAUUGUGAAGGUUUAACAGAAGGACAAGAAAGAGUUGUCGUGCUAGGGAAUCAUCUUUGGUGGAGCUUAUUUUAGGGAAUCGAAGAAGAUGAUGCCAUUAUUUGGUUUGUACUCUUACUUUGAGGCACUUGGUGUUAUUAGAUGUUACUAUUACCAGUCAUCUUUCACCACUUAAUUAUCACAGUGCCAUUGGUUGCUAGUUGCCAUGGGCCUAGCCAUAUGUUUGGCUAGAGUCUUCUUCAGCUAAUGAUGCCCUGAUCCCAAAGUGGUUCAAGAAUUUUCUACAUAAGUGCUUCUAUCCAUAUGGAGAAUUUUCUGUUACCUAGUAGAACAAUUUUACUUUGAAGCACUGCAUAUAUGGAUUCAACAUCUCUGGUUUCCGUUCCUGGCUUUAAAUGUGUGAGAGCAAGGUCAAUUAAUUACUCCUCAUAAACAUUUAAAAUCUUUGACAGUUUCACCCUUCCAAUUCUCAUAAAAAAUGUCAAAUUAGGCUCAGGGUAUAUAUUCAAGUUUUCUUUUCUUCAGUGCUACUGCUAGUGGUGCUCCUUGUACAUUCUUUGUGUAUUAGGGUUUCCCUCUUCUUCUCUGUGGGUUUUGUAAAAAUCUAUCAUUUUCCUAUCAAAGAAGGAUCAUCUAAGAUAUAAAAUUUUUGUUUUCUUCUUUGAAGGUUAUAAUGCAUUUUGAAUUAAAGGAUUCAAAGCUUUUUCAUUGUCUAAAUUCUAAAGCGAUGAACAAUUGAUAUCUAUAGAAAUUUAUGAUACAUUUCUUGCUUAGGCUACAUAUGGUUGGUUGGAUAGGAUAAGAUAAGAUAUGUAUAUCUUAAAUAUUUUUACAGGAUAUUAUAUUUGAUGGGAUAUGUUAUACUAUGCUUAUAUUUGGAUUGUGAA